AGUCGUAUGGGAUUGCUGAUCGGCAAAGCAGGAGCAGUCAUAAAGCAGGUUCAGGAAGAAAGUGGAGCUCGCUGCAGUGUAACACCAGAUCGACUACCAAUGUGCACGGAACGAACAAUUAUAAUUACUGGAGUUCCUGAUUCUAUCCAUAUUGCGAUUUACAAGUUUGGCCAGAUAUUGAUGGAAGGAAAUGGCAAUAUCCCCGGAUUGGUCCUGUACAAGCCUCAAGCCCAGAAUGCCGUCGUCAAUCCACAACCUCACUACAACCCCAUGAUGGCUGGUGGUAUGGGUAUGAAUGGAACAGCAUUUUUUUACGGACAUCCAAGUAUGGGCGGAUUUCCGAACAUGCCCCCUGCCGCUACUCCUGCUGCUAUGGGAGCUGCCAUGGGUGGACCGACACAAGCACAACAAAUCUUCAUACCAAACGAUAUGGUUGGCUGCAUCAUUGGUAAGGGCGGAAGCAAGAUCAAUGAAAUUCGACAAGUUAGUGGAAGUCAUAUCAAAAUUGCUGAACCUCAUGGCAAUACCAAUGAGCGCUUAGUGACCAUCACUGGAACACCAGAAUGCAACCAAAUGGCUUUGUAUCUGCUUUAUUCACGAUUGGAAAGCGAGAAAAGCAGGAUGAGCAUGCGCUGAUACGUAUUUCCUGGAAUCUUGUUUUACAACUGGAAUAAAAAAAUAAAAAAAAUUCACCACAGUAAAUUUUAAGAGGGGAGGGAGUCUUUGAU